CGUGACGUACGCACGUGCACGCACGAACCAGCGAAGCACGCGUUCUCUUCUGUGAUUUGUGUUGUGAAAUGAUGGUGAGACGAAGCGGUAGAUACACCGUCAGCUGGCGGGGCUUCAGAGAUUUUACAGCCAAUAAACCACCAGACGACCAAAAGGAGGAGCCCAAACCAGAAGAAGAUUUAUCAAACCAUGAUGUGAUAUUUUUAAGAGGCAUUGUAGAGAGUCCCGAUUUUGCACGGAAAUGUGAGUCGAUCGAUUCUGAGGAGGAUUUGAUUGUGAAGCCUGUCUCCUUGGACAAUGUAAAUAUAAUACGAUCGCUCAGCGAAUAUCGAGGUAACAAUAUUCGAACAAUCGAACAAGCUGAACUAGCUAUCUUAUUAUCUCGGGUUCAUUUUAAGGCUCUCAUUGAAGCACAUGAUCAAGUUGGUAAAAUUUGGUUAGAAAGAGGUUCUGGUAUUGAUGAGAAAAUAGACAUAAAAGAAGGAACUAAGGAUAUUGCAGAAGCACUUACGCCAAGUCCAGAUCAAAACGGAGACAUGCCAGUUGAAACUGUUAAAGUUGUGGGUCUCCGUAAGGUGCCUGGUCAACCCUUAGGUUUAACUGUUACAACUGAUGAACAUGGACAGUUGAUAGUGGCCAGAAUUUUAGCUGGCAGUGCAGCAGCGAAACAAGCUCUUUUAAAUGUGGGUGAUGUCUUACUGGAGGUGGAUGGAGUGCAAGUAGAUUCUGAGGAACAACUAAAAGAAGCAGUUUCAAAACCCAAUGAUAGGGUAACCUUGAAAGUGGGACCAAAUUUAAAAGAAAAGAGUGCUCAAUUAACUAAUAAACUUAGUUGUUAUGUUAGGGCGCUAUUUGACUACAGCCCAGUAGAAGAUACACUCAUUCCAUGUAAAGAAAUAGGAUUAGAGUUUAAAAGGGGUGACAUUUUACAAAUAUCAGAUAGAAAAGACCCAAAUUGGUGGCAAGCAAGUCAUGUUGAGAAGCCUGAUGUUGUUGGUUUAAUACCUUCACCUGAACUAGAAGAGAGAAGAAAAGCAUAUGUACCACCAGAAGCAGAUUUUGUGCAUAAAAUUAGCAUAUGCGGAGCCAGGAUAUCCAGAAAAAAGAAGAAAUUCGUUUAUGAGUCCCGUUCAAGUGUGCAGCUAGAAGGUGCUGAGUUGGCACUGUAUGAAGAGGUGGCCCGUACUCCGCCUUUUCUACGCCGAGUGUUGGCUUUGGUGGGCACGCGGGGCGUUGGACGGAGAACUCUUAAGAAUAAGAUGAUUCAGGAGUACCCUGAUAGAUUUGGGGCUGUAAUCCCACAUACAUCUCGACCACCUCGGCCUUUGGAAGAAAGUGGGUCCUCAUAUUGGUUCGUGUCCCGGGAAGAAAUGGAAAGAGACGCUCAUGCCGGCCGUUUCCUUGAGUAUGGCGAGCAUAAUGGUCAUUUGUAUGGAACACAUUUGGACUCCAUACGAGCGGUUAUUAAAGAGGGAAAGAUGUGUAUUCUGGAUUGUGCCCCACAGUCUCUGAAACUGCUUCACAAUAGCAGCGAAUAUCUUCCUUACGUCGUGAUGAUUGGUUCACCCGGAAUAGACCAAUUGAGGAACCUCACGUACGCCUCUAAUCGGAAUCUAACAUUCGACCGGCAGAGCUCCAUCCGCUACAGCUCAAGACGCGCGCGCACGCUCGAGUCGCUCGCAUCGCUUUACGAGGAGGAAGACUUAAAGCAGACGCUAGAAGAAAGCGCCCGUAUUCAAAGACAGUACGAGAAAUACAUCGACUUAGAGAUAAUUAACACAAACAAUGAUACCACUUACUCUAAAAUAAUGGAUGCGCUUCACUCUCUAUCCACUGACCACCAAUGGGUGCCUGUCAGCUGGAUUUAUUAGCAUUUGUCAUGAUAUAUAGCAUUUUCAAAAGCAUAAUCGGCUCAAAGCUUUCAAAUAGAAAUUAAAAGUAUUCCAAAUCCAUGUAUUUUCUAAGCUUUUUCCUUUAUUGUAUAAACAAAAGGAACGAGUGUAGUGCGGAAAAACUUAGCUAAAUUUUAUCAAAUCGCCUAACAACUUUUUAAACCUCCUUUGCUUUCCUGCAUUUUACCAGAAUUGAAACUCCAUAUAUUUUUGUAUGGAAUUGUGCUUUUGAAAAAGCUAUGUUUAUGUUAAGAUUAUACACAUAUAUUAUGUUUAGUAAAUAAAUAUAUACUUUUUUUUAAUACAGCACGAUUAAGAGAUUAUGUAAACAUCACAUUUGUACUUUUAAAAGUGCAACAAUAAUUAAACAUUUUCUAAAGAGAAUGCAAACAAUGUUUUACAAUUAGUAUAAGUAAUUUGCAGCUAAGGUAUCAGUUAAAUGUGCAAUGGACACCAAAUACCUGAUGAGUUCGAGUAUUUAAGGGUAAUGAAGCAAAAUGCACUAUACAAUACAAAUCAUUCCAUUAUCCUUACACUAAGAGUGUCCCCUGACUCUGCACUUAUAACCAUUCAUUGAGAUGUUUAAAAUGAUUAUGAAUAAAAUAGAUGUUUUCAUCACAACUUUAUAGCAGGGUAACAGGAAAAUUUUCGUUAUGAAUAAAAUUUGCAUAUACAAUUCAAACGAUUGUAAAAAGAAACGCUUAUAUAGCGUAUUUGGAAUUUAAAUCCUGGAGUUACCUAGUUUGCUUUCGGAUCGCAAGUGGACUAUAUCAAAUGUAUGGAAAUCUUGUGUUAGUAACUAAUGUUCUUAUAGCGAUUCGUAUGUAGCAUUGCGAUAAGUUUCAUUGUGUUUACAUGAAAAAUCUAACUCUUUAAAAUUAUAUAUUGCAUAUUUAUAAGUUAAAACAUGUGUCAUUUCUAAUGGUGUUCAAAUUCCCACCUUUAAAUUUUUUAUUAAAAAUGGUUGCCAGAUCUAAAAUCUAGAUCUAUUUAUAAAAACAAAUCUCCAUACGAAAUAAAUAUCUUAUAUAUUACCAACUUUAAAUAUUAAGAUUUUUUGUAUAUUUAGCUUUAUCUAAUAUAGUUUUGCAUUUAAUAAGUAGAUAAUCGCUUAUAUGAAUUUAAUUGUAUACUUUAAAAGCACAAGUAAUAAAUAAAGACAUCACAGUGCUAUCACAGAAAUAUUUGUGAUAAACCAAUAGAUUAAGAUUUAAGUUAGUAUUUCUCAAUUAUCUUUACAGAUUAAG